CAUUGCACAGUUCCAGUUCUGGAAGAAGAAAACAUUGACAUUUGUUUUUGGACGACAAUAUCGGGAGAUAAAAGUAUGAGACGCAUGCCAUCUGAAAUAACUGCUUGACAAUCGAUAUAUGGUUUAUACAAAUAAUGCACAUUUGUGAUUUUCAUAUAUAGGCCUAGCAGUCGUAGAAAUAUCGGGAUGACCAACUCGUGAUGCCGAUCUUACAUAUCAUCUGUAGGCCUAAUCCUGCUGCGGAAAUACAGAUGAUUUGAAUUGGGAUGGAUAUGACUGUCCCUGCUGACAUUUGGAGGAAUUGAUAUUGCAGUAGAGGAAUAACUGUCAUCCUGUGUGUGGAUUUGAUGUAAUAGACAUGUCUAGGCUGUGGGAUGACUAAGACCUCAGAUUCUGUGAUGUCGAGCUAUGAGCGUCUUUCCGUUUGGCUCCUAGUACCUGCAUGCAUCCUCUACAGCCUAGCCUUAGUGUCUCAUGCCUGGUUUGAGUUACCAGGCGUUUUCUAUGGUCUAUGGUGGGCUGAGUUUUGUGACUACCUUUCAUGUCAAAUCAUACCAGCUUUCUUCACAGAAGAACCAGUAUGGUACCACAUUCUACAGUUGGUGAGCCUAUUUGGAAUGGUUGCUAUGUCUGUGUGUCUGGCACUAUUGGUCACCAAAAGGUGUGACUUCUUCAUACCUGAAAAAAUGAGAAGGCAACAAACUGCAUCCGCUAUUGGAUUGGCAUCUGUGUUUGCUAUAUCCCUGGCCCUGAUGAUGUUCUAUGGGAAACUGGACGAGUCAAGUCCACGGGCAAGUCCCCAGAUCCGCUGGUCAGCUGUGAUUGCCGGAACAGCUUGCCUCCUUGAGUUCGGAGCAGCACUUUUGCUAUUGCAGACAUAAACAGACUUAUGAAUAUUUUGUUGAAAUGUUUGUUCUUACUGUUCUGUAGUUAUCUUUAUGGGAAAGGGAACUAUUGACAUAUGUAUAAUUUGCUCUUAAAUAUAUGAAGGCUGAAGAGGAAACCAUCCAAGAAAAUAACAUUUUGGAUGCCGAUGUUGGGGAAGUUGCAAUAAAGGGAUACAUUCAAAGAUAAUAGUCACAUUCUUAAUAUUUGAUAAUUGUCAUUAACAAAUGUGGAGAAAAUAAGUACAUAUGCAAGGGCUAUACUUUUCUGGAUGGGAAGGCAGGUGUUAAGAUAGUUCCUCACACACACAACAGCAUUACUCACAUUAUAGAAGGAAGAUGAGUGAGAUAUGAGUACCAUCCUGUGACCGUCCGUCCAUCCUUAUCUGCCUGCAUAAUAAAUUUGUCAUUAAAUCUCAUAAACUUUCCUGUGAAUAUGUAAAACUAAUAAAGUUAUCAAAUUGCCCUCUUGUUUGAGGUAUGAAACGUAUAUUGUAUAUAAGAACAAGUUUUGAUGAUAAAUGUGGUUACAAGGUCAUUAAUGUAAUCCCACAUUUCAAGAUAAGAACAUUUACAAAAUGUGUGCCAUAAUAGUUGUUCAUGAUAAGGUUACAAGCAUAAAAUGUGUUCCUUGAUUCCUCUGUAUGAUACAGUCAAACUUCAAUGUUUCAAACUUUGUGGGACCAUCAGGAAAAAUUUGAAACAUCGAAACUUCAACUCCCAAAUGUUGAACUUCGAACAUCUUUGAUAAUGUUGUACAUGUAUAUGCAUUUGUACUGCAUAAGACUUAAUGUGACUAAACACAAGGCAUGAAAUCAUCUAAAUUGAAAUCUAUGAAUAUUGGAUUUAAUGUAUUAAGAAAAAUAUGCUUAUAUGCAUUUAUACGCUGUAGUUUUCAUGUUUAGGUGUUAAAAUGACCCCAGGACAUUUCAAUGUUCUGUAAAGGUAAUUGUUUAAUUUUGAUUUGUUGUUCAAAAGAGCAACAUAUUUGACUCAUAAUAGUUCAUAAAUGGAAUAUUAGUAGUGUUAUUUAAAGAAAACAAUUCAGACUUUGGGGUAAGUUCGACACAUUGAGAAAUUUGAAUCUUCGAAGUUCAAUUCAUUUGAGUUUGACUGUAUAAUGUAUAUGCUAGUAUAAAAUUUAAGUAACACACUUGUGUAUUGAUAAUGUGUACAUAAAUUACUUGAUAGUUAACGUUUCUGCCAUAUUUUCUGUGGUUCAAUUUUGUCUGGGUUUUUUUGCAGAUAAUUUAUUGGAUUUUAUACUAAUUACUUUCGUUUUUGUUCCGUUCAAAUUAUUGUUUUGUUAUAGGUUUGCAAAGUAUCAAACUGCAAUAUCGUGUAAUGUUUUGAAACCAUAAUUAGAUCUGUUACUUUAUAUGGAUAUUCACAUGAACAUUUUUUUUAAAUAGGUGCAAACAUAUCCUUUGGUAUUCACGAAGAAUUUCAUUAAGAUAGAAAUAAAAUUAAUGAAAAUUGAUGAAGACACUUACUUUUUUGACACAAGCUUUUCAAAUGGUCUGUCAGACCUAACAGCUAACAGUAUUGUUAUAUAAGUCUCCAGUGCUUAUUUGACCUUGGCUUCAACAGGAAGUUGAGAGAAACUGGGAGUUGAGGGAGAGUGAAUACCAGCAUACUUUAUUGACAGGCUGUAUCUGUAUAUCCUUUUAAUUGUGAGAUUGAUGGCAGAAAAAUGUAUCUGUUUGAACGUUUUUUUUAUCCUCCUCAUACAUUCAUUGUGUAGUACCAUGUACAUGUUUACUUAACUACUUUACACUUGAUCACUGUAGAUUGUGAUAGUAUAAUGUCAAUGGUAGUGAUUGAUAUAUGUGUAACUGACUCCAGGUCUGGAGCAUCUGUAACUGGUUGUUGAGGUUGGAGUGUCUGUAACUGGGUAUGGGGUCUGGAGUGAAAGUAAUAGGCUGUAAGAACUGGAGUAUUUGUCCAAGAGGUCUGAAGUAAUUGCAGUUGGGUGAGAGGUUUGCAGAUUUUGUAAUGGUUUUGGUCUUGAGCUUUGCCUUUUUAGAGAUACACGUACUUAAAAAAGAGAAAUCAAAGAUGAUUUAAGAUAAUUGACUUUAGAACAGACUGCUGUAGAUCAAAAUAUUUGUUUGAAAAGAUGUUUUGGAUCUGUCAUUCUGCUACCACUUGCCCUCCACCACUGAGUCCCGGGUUUGAGGCCUACGUGGGGCAGUCGCCAGGUACUGGCCGUAGGUCGGUGGUUUUUCUCCGGGAACUCAGACU